UCGUAGCAGGCACGUCCCUGCCAUGUUUGUACUUCAGUCGUGUUUGGAGAUCGUUACCGCACUGAAGAGAAGCUAUGCACAUGCUAAUCUUACGUUUUCAGCAGUAACAAUGUUAAAGCACUGAAAAAUAAAGGGACUCUUAAGUUUUGUAGUCUGACUUUAGCACGACGGACCUUGCACCAUGUCAGCCAGCGCACAGGAUUUUGACUUUGAUGAGUAUGACAAACCAGGUGCUGAGCGGUCACGUAGAAGGAGAGGUGAAGAUGAUACUCUCGAGAGUGAUUUGGAAGAUGAGUUGUUGGAGGAGGACUGGCUCUCUAGUAAAAAGAAUCCUUUAGAAGUGUCAGAUGAAGAGUUAAAUGAUGACCUACUUCAAAGUGAUGAUGAAGAUAUAAAUACAAGUGGUCAGGAUGUUUGCUUCGAUGCUUCAUACGGCAUGGACCCAUCCUAUGACCAGCAGGACAACUCACAGGAAGCAGACUACACAGAUGAUGUCGUGAACCUGGGUGCAGAGGGCUGUGAAGGAGGGGAUGAAGAAGAGGAAGAGUACCAGCAAGAGGGGGAAGAGGAGUAUGCAGAAAAAUACAUUCAGGAAGACACUACAGAGAUGGCUGAAGACCAAAUCAAUUACACUGAAGAGCUUGCUGAGGAUGAUGAUGGCUACCAAGAUGAAGUGCUAGACCUCCAAAUCAGUGAGCCUAUAGAUGGUGAAUUUCAAGAUGAAGAUUACCAAACCUCUUAUGCUUCUGAGUCUUUUGAUGAACAUGGAGCCAUGGAGGAACAGCAUACCCAGGUUGCAGAUGGAGGAGAGCAACAAGAUGAAGAGGACACCACUGAGGAACCUCACAUCUGCGACACAGAGGAGGGUGAAAAUGAAACUCUGCCUGAAGAUGAAACAAAGGAGGAAUCGAAUGAAGAAGAGGAGGACGAUGAAGAGUCUGGCCGAAUGCGCUUCAAGUCUGAGAGGAAGGAUGGCGCUAUUUUGCGAUUGGCAGAAGCAAGCAGCAAAAGGAGGAACAUUCCUGAAACCCUUGAGCUGUCAGAAAAAGCCAAGAAAGACUUGAUGGAGUUUGAGGAACAAGAGCGACAGAAGAGGCAAAACCGUUACAGUGGCCGAGGUAGAGGAGGAGGGCGAGGAAGCAGAGGAAGAGGAGGUUUCCCUUCAUUUGGAAUGGCAGAUUUUAGAGGAGGAAAAAGAGGAAGAAUGCAUGACCACAUGCUCCCCCUAUUGGGAAACAUGAACAUUCAGCCAUCUUCUCGAAUGCCUUCGCCUUAUCAUCAACAACUGCAGUCCCAUCCACACCACCCUUCACGUCCAAGAGGGCCUCCUCCCUUCCAGGAGCAUGGGCGUCCCAUCCCUCAGCAGCCUCUUCAACCCCUCAUUCCCCAUCACAUGGCUCAUCGCUCCCCACCACUGCGACCCCAGAUGGAGCCCCCACGAAUGAUGAGCUCACCACCACCAAACUUUCCUCAGCACCACCAGCAGCAGCCCAUGCAACCCAAAAACAUCCACAUCAACCCCCACUUCAGGGGCCCUGCACAGUCCUCUGUACAAGUGCCCUUGAUGCCUCCUGCUCAGAGCCAGCCCAGACCUGCUGUGGGUCCUCAGAGGUUCCCUGGACCGGGAGACUUCCAGCAACACAUGCCAGGUAAUUUUGGUCAGCCCCAGCGGCCCCCUCAUCACAUGGAGCCCUUGAGGAACCAGCCACCUCAAGGCCCCCAGGACAGAGAGCCCCUGUUUAUGGGAGAGUGUGGAGAUUCAGCACGGUUUCCAGGGCAACACAUGUUUGAUCACCAGGGCCCCAGCCCUCUGAUGAAUAGCAGCAACAACCUGCACCACCAGCAGCAGCUGUCUGGCCAGGGCCACAUGGGCUUUGGCCCACCAGGACCCCCCUUCAACCAGCCUGGCCAGGGCCAACUAGGAAUUUUUCAGAGAGAAUCCCCAAGACCCAACCUGCCUCCCCACCAAGGUCACCAGGGGAUGGUGAACUUGAAUCAACAAGGUGGACCCCCCAACCAACCCAGGCCUUUCAUGGGCCCUCGACAGCCUUUUGGCCAGCAAGGGAACAUUUUCCCCUCUCCACCAGUUCAGUUUGGGAUGCAGGUACGACUCAGAGGCUUAAUGCACGGUCCUCCUGCCUCUCAGCUUCCACAUCACGACCCAAUGUUAUCCCAUCCCAUGCAUCAGCAGCAGCAACACCAUCGGCAAGAGUUACCCCAUCAUCAGCAGCAACAGAUGAAUCUCGGUGAGCCUCGCCCUAUGAUGCGUCAUGGCCAGAAUCCCUUCCAUGGACAUGGUGGGCCCAGGCAGAUGACUCCCCGCCCCCAGAACCCCCAACAGCGCAACAUGUCAAACAGGCAGCGAAUGAACGCACCUGUCUCCAAACAGCAGCAGCGGAACAGCAACCUCCGGGAGCUCCCUGUAGCACCUGGUAACACAAGCAUGAACAGUGCACGCCCAUCCCUAACCUCCCCCACUGCCAACAUCAAGCCUGUUGCCAGGACAACACAGGGGAUGCGUCCUGGGCAGAACACUCAGCUGAUGUCUGGUGGGGGCAGAGGAAGAGGCCAAGUUGCUGAAAAGACUGAAUCACAGCCUGGGGGAGCAGGCAGGAUGGCGGCUUACAAGGAAAUGCAAAGCACACCGUCAAGUGUGACACCGCAGGACCCUGAUGAAGAUGAGGAGACACGGCAGUAUCGCCUAAAGAUUGAGGAGCAGAAGCGUCUUAGAGAGGAGAUUCUGAAAAGAAAGGAGAUGCGACGGCAGAUGCAGGCUGGUGUCAGAAAGAAAGAGCUUCUGGAAAGACUUAAUGUUCAGACGAGCACACACAGUCAGCCUGUCCAACCACAUCAGCAAACACAACACCCCGAACAACAACCACCAACGACACAGCAGCCAGAACAAAAACGGCAGCAGCAACUACAGGCACAACAGCAGAGACAGUUUCCUCAGGGAACACAAUCAUUAAAUCAUGCAUUAAAGACUUCUAAUCAUGGUAAUACCAUCACUGCCAGCAGUGUCACUCAGACCCUAACCCCACGUCCUAAUGUGAAGACACGCCUGCAGAUGGUUAAAAACAGCACAGAGCAGCAGCAGACUCCCAGUCCUGGUUCUGAACAGCAACAGCCUGAGCAGAAUCAGCAGCAGCUACGUAGAAACAGCACCCUGCAGAGUGUUAACAGACCCAACACUCAGGUACAAGAUGUCCCAGUUACCAAUAAGAACACACCUGUGACUCCUUCUGUGAACCAAGGCCUGACUCAGGCUCAAGGACUCAAACCCGGGGCUAAAAGAACUGUGAUGCAGCGAGCCAAGAAUUCUGGCAUCGACUCCCAGCAGGUGCCCCAAAAAGUCAGAGUUGUCAAACUUUCAGGACCGAGUGGAAAAGGGCCUGAGGACAGCAGUGGCCCAGUCCAGCAGCAAGGUACCUGGCAAGAAUCUCUGCUCAACCAGGACGUCCAAAGGAAGGUUACUGUGAUGGGACCGCAGCAACACGGACCAAACGGACCACCGCAGGAUAGCCAUGGGGGUAUGAGCAACCCACAGCAAAGCAGGGUAGUUGUGUCGGGGCGAGGCCGAGGUCGAGGAGCUGGUCAGCUGGGUCGAGGUCGAGGAGCUGGUCAAGUAGGCCGAGGUCGUCCAGUAUCCACCAGGCAGAGAGGUGCAGACAACCUACGCUGCACUGUUUCCAUCGAGGGCCUCUCCUCAUCUACAACUGAAUUUCAGCUGAAGAACCUCCUCAGGUCCAUCGGUCCCAUAGAGAUGUUCAAAAUGUUACCCCAGCAGAGGAAAGCAAUUGCCACAUUUUCCAAUUCUCAGCAUGCUGCAAGUUUCCAAAUGAGCUUCCAUAGGCACAUGAUUGAUUUGUCCCACAUUGACGUGUCACUGAUUGAUGGAUGAGGAUCACGACAGAGCCAGGCUACAAGUCUGUAAAAAGGAGUCACUUUUUCCUGAUGUGGGAGUGUCUCGCAUAUAACUCCACCCUGGAUCAGGAUUAUUUCGCCUCCUCUUCGGUGUCGUUCAUCGUCUCUGGAGAGUUCAUCAUUCGUCUUCAGCCAACUUGGACCAUUGGACACAAAAGACAUGGCAGGAGCUGCAAGCAUACGUGUUUGAUUUUGCCCUAAAAAGUGUUGAAAUUUCCAAUUUGGCACUGAAAAGACACUGGGCAGUGAAUCCUUCUUUGACGUAGUUUGUGAACAUUUCUUUUUUACUCUUUUAUUUUUUGCAUCUUACUAUGACACUUAGAAGAACAUAACAUGGGGUAAUGGUUGCUCCCCUUGUCAGUAAGUUAAGAACAAGAUGCAAAAUAACACUUAAACGUCAUUUUUGUUUUGUUCUUUUUAAAAUAUAAUUUGUGGUUUGGUGUUUUUGUGUAGAGAAUGGUUGUGGCUGAAGGCGGCCCGUCUGUCUAUAUAGCCUCUGCCUUCGCAGUGUUUCUCCUCCUCUGUAGAUGGCAGUAUUUUAGCACUAUGGAGAGUGUUAUGUCCUCAGAACUCUAGUCUGCUUUCAGGUGGGUUCCCCAGUUGGUUUUCUGGUCAAUGGCACUACCUAGUGGGGAUGUUGAAAACAGGCUCUAAAGUAGCCUGCAUGUGACUGAAAGCCAUUUAGCCGACAUAUUGUAGAUUCCCAGUGGUUUGGGGAGUUUGUAAAGGUUGUUUAGAUUUUCUGGUGCUCUGCUAGUGCAGCUCCCUGGAUUGAAAGUAUGAUUUGUUUAGUCUUUUGUUGUUGCUUUUGGUUCUGAUUUAGUUAUUUUAACUGUUAACUGGAUGCGUUUUGCCUAAAUCUGCCUUUUUAUGUUUUUUUUUUUUUUUAUAUGACUAAUUAUGGAGUAAUAUGAUUUUGAUUUUCAGGUCUGUGCUGAGUGUGCAUCGAGGAGAUUAUAGUUUGUUUAUUUUUCUUUUGUUUUUUUUUUUUCUUUUUUCUAAUAAUUACAGCAGAUUGGUUAUCGUUGGGAACUGUCAUUUUUGGUAGGUUAGAAAGGAUGGCUUUCUAUUCUGAGUAUAAUGGAGAUUUUUGUGAAGUUGUGCUUAGAUAUAUGCCUUCUACUCUAGUGAGGCAGUGUACCUGGGCGGGGGAGUUUUGAUCAUUUUCAUUAAGCAUUUGUUUGGACAUGAGAGAAGCAAAGUAAAAGAAAUUCAGCAGAAAUGUUUGUCCUGUUGGUUAAAUGUGCAUCACCACAGAUACAUUCUUCCAACGCUACCAAUAACUGAUUCUCUUAAAGGCUCAACGUUUUAAAGCAUGUUUGAGAAGGUAGUUGUUAAACUUCAACGUUGCACAGCACCUAAUAUGUCACUUUAUUUCCCCGAGCAUCAACAAACAUUUUAUGUUGCAUCACUGAAAAACUGAAAUUCUCCAAAUCAUUUUAUACUCCUGGAUUUCAGUUAAAUUGUGUGAAAAUUUACUUCACAUGGCUCGAGAGUUAGGCACAUUUAGCAUUUUUCUUUAACGUUUCUUUGUUCUUCAUUGUUGCGCAGAGUUUAUUCUUGUUUUAAACAUCGUUUAUUUACUUUAGUCAUGACUGAAGUUUGGAAGUAAACUUUGUGUACAAAAAUAGAAGUUAAGGGGGCAACCAUUAUCUAUGUCAUGAUCGUGUACAUAAAUAGACCAGAAAUUUCACAAUCCCGCUUAAUUUUCUUGUUUUUUUUUGUUUUUUUUUGGUGUUUGUUGAUGUUGUAUCAAGUUGAGCAUUUUUAUAUGUACGAGUAUUCUGAUGUGUCCGGACAUGAAUCAUUUUACAAGUGAUUUGUUUCCAUUUUAGAACCAAAUUGACAAAUGACUGGACCACAUUUCUGUUAAUAAGACAUUUGGUAAAAAGUAUAAAGGAAAACAAGAAAAUAAUAAAAAACAUGGCCAAUAUACCGUGAACAUGCAGGUAUGUGAAGCCGGUUAAACUUUAGCCUGAACUUGUGUGGUUGUGUGUGAUGUCCAUAUGUCUGGUGCCAUUUUGAAUUAUCUUUAUUUGUGCUACAUUUUAAUCGUUUAAUCUGUAAGUUAAAGGUAUACAUCUUGGAACAUAUAUAUUUAUAUAUUUUUUAAGUAUUACAGUUUAGUUUUUUUUUUAGAUUUCUAUAUAUAAGUUAAAGGAUCAAGACAUAAUACAGUAAAAGAACAAUCUCGCAACUGAAGGGAAAUAUCACUAAAUUAUAGCACUGAAUUUAUAUAAUAAGAAAUAGUUGACAUUUUGGCCUGAAAAUUGACCUGUGAUGACGACCUCGUGCAGCCUUGUGAACAAGCAAAGCUGCUUUUACAUUCCUGAGAUGUUACAUGACUUUACUGUUUGAACUAAAGCUAAGUAUACAAAAAGAAAUGUUGGGGAUUGCAUUGAAAUUUGUUCUAUUUUCUUUUAUAAAAUAAUCCCUGUGCUGCUGAUCUGGAUGACAUCACAGAUUGAGUUAUUGAUAUUUGCAAUACUUGCUGCUGUCCUUUCCACUUGUGUGAAUUACACUCCAAAAUUUUGUGGUAUUUCCCUUAUAUUAACCAUUAUCUGAAAUAAGUCCACCAACUUUGAAAAUAGGUUUCAUAAAUGGGAAUCUUGCCAGUAAAGUCCGUGUAUAUCAGUGGUAAGGAGACACAAAGGGGGUCUAAAAAUGUCUAAGAUUCCUCCUUGUACAACUGAAGGUUGCAUGGUUUUAAGCUUUUCUUUUUGGAUGUUGCACAGCUGUGUCUAAAUUGACUUAUUUAUGUUUUCUUCCCUUUGUUUUGAGUUGUUGAUCUAUUGUGGAAAUGUUUUUGUUUACUGACAUUAUUUACAGUGUUUGAUGUUGUGGGUAACACUUCAGGUUUGAGUGCUGUGGUAAAUCCUGUGGAUUUGAAAAAGUAUGGGCAAUGCCCGUUAAUGCGAUAAUGCUAUAAGACGCUGCGUCUUGUAGAGCCAGAACAGAUUCAUAUUGAAUCUAUUUGUACUUUAAAUUGAAGAAUUAUUCACAUUCAUUGUACUGUGAAUGUUAUGGUGUAGUCUUUUUUAAUAGGAAAGUUAAGCGUACUACUGUAGGCUGUUUAACUACAGGCUCAUCUAUACCUCAGUAUAAAGCUGUAAGUUUAGUUUAUGUAACUCAGACAUCAGUGGGACUUAGCUGUCCCUCUGUUAGAUGUUCUUAUUAUGGCUUGUAAUGAUAGAUAUCACAACUAUUAUACCAUCUUCAGGUCAAAUAUCCAACUGGGCUGCGUUCUAGACGACACUAACAACUCUUUUCAUCAGGUCUGUUUGGUGAAGGAUUCAGUGGUUUUUACUGAUCAGCUGAAAUAAUAACCAAUAAUUUUUCUUUUUUUCCAGGUCAAAUCCACAUAAACCGAGCAUGGAUUGCAAACAUGUGGUUUAAACUUAAGAGACCAUAUCAAGGGUUAAGCAUGCUUUCCUAAAUCAACUAAGUGACUUAGAAACGGUCAGUGAUUUGUUGCCGAUAAAUCAUGCCUUAUUUUUAUUUUUGCCCAACUAAGUAACAGCUGUUUUUGUUCAUGUUAGUUUGUAAUUUUGGUAAUCCGACAACCUUUAUUGUUAUUAUGUUGUUUAGUAAAUAUUCUCCCACGGCUUCAUAACAGUUUAGUAUUAGUUUGGUGCUGUUUUUCCUCCACCAAGGCAAGAGCUGUGAUGGAAGUAUGUCAUUAUUACUGCUGCUCCGUUAGCAAAGCAUGCAGAAACGACUAAGCUGAAUUGCAUGUAAAUCCACUACAUUAGGGGCAGGUCUUUGGUUAUUAUGACCACAAUUACCCCUUUCUGUCUUGCUGCUUACAAACAAUGUCUGCUGUGUUUCAUACAUAUUUAAAUUUUGUCCUCAAGUUCUGCUCAACAUCCAUGAAGCUUCAGGCCUUGUUUAUUCUUGGUCUGCUUUACCCUAGAUUAAAAGUCUGCCUUACUUGUCAAAUGAUGUGACAAAGUAAAUAAAUAAAUUCAGGAGUUUAAGAGCUACAAAAAAAGGUUGAGGAAAAACAUGCCUAACCACUGGUAUGGUCCAACACUUGAGAUGUAGUCACACUGUGUAGUUUCAGAUGUUUUGUGCUGUUGUAGAAACUCGCCAGAUGUGAGCAGGUGUUCCUAUAUUAGGACAAAGUCAUGUCUGACAUUAAUGCCUUCAUUUUUUUUUUUUUAACAGAGCACUGCUAAAGGAGAGGAGCCGAGCUGUUUAACCUCUUCAACUUUCAAACAUUCACUUAACACUUUAGGUUUCAUUUCAGCUGUGCAGUCUCCAGCCUGGGAAUGAAACUUUCACCUAAGCUUCUCUCCUUAAACAGCCGCCGCUGCUCCUCCAUCACUGCUUCUCCAGCUUUUUCCAUUUUUCUAACUUACUGGACAUAUAUCUGACUAUUUGCCCGUCUUUUUCCUCCAUUCUGCUGCUGUUAAACGAACUUUUGUAUCAAGCAGGGUGGCCUGCCUGGAUUACCAUUGUUUGUUAGCCCUGUGGAUGGAGGUUUCCAUCUCUGUGACGACAGCCCGGGUCACAGAGCAGCCACGUAACUCUAAAGCAAGCUGCUUUAUGACUUUCUUUGCACCAAAGUUCAUCCCAGCUUCUUGACAUUCAUUGUUUUGUUGGAUUUGGAAAAAGACACUACAUUGGCCUCCUGAUGUGGAACUGUUCGGUGCACCAAAUGAUAACUGCAAAUCCAACCUGUUGAGUUUUGACUGAAUCUGUUGACAAACCAUCUUGUAUUUCAUGCUUCACACCAAUGUGUCAUAUAUGAAGUCAUCAUGUUUUGUGUUGCAGAACUCUAAAAUCAUUGUACAACCUGUUCUCAUGUUGUCAACUGAGAUUUUUUUACAAUGAUGUAAACACUUUCAAAUACAAAUAAUCUUAUGAAGGUGAAAUGUUAAAUUUUGGUAAACGAAACUGAUGAUAAAUAAAAUACAUGAUACACACA